AUGUUUCUCACGAGAUGUCUUUUGCUGCUCUCUGCCUUGGUGGCAUUUGCCGUGUCGCAAGACGUCGGCUUUUCGCUAGAUGGCAUCAUCACCAGCGCAACUGCGACAGACUCGUCCUACAACACUGGAGGUUUCAUCACCACCAAUGGCUGGAGGGUCAUCGUACCCAAGAACCUCCAGGUCGGCUUCCCCGCUGCCUGGGUUUCGUGGAAGGACUUUGUGGCCGCGUACAGCGCAGGCCAGUUCCACGACUUUGAGGUUUCGGUCACUGGUAAUGUCGUGCCUCAGCUUGGCGCGGUGGCUGGCCAGAUCUACAUCUCGCAGCUCUUCCUGCAGGGCAGCCAGGGCAUCAUUUCCCAGGUCAACAACGACGGCACCAUCAAGAUCGCCAAUGGGCCAACCAUCCGCAUCAACGACCCCAACGCAGUCUACUCGGUUGGCUACACCGGGUCGCCCUUCAUGACGGCCGACGACGAGAACCCCAGCAUCUCUUCCUUUGGCGGCUUCCCCAUGUGUGUGCCGCGCAGCCCGACCGACCCGCUGUGCCCGGCGAGCAACCGCCCCGGGAACAAGCAGGGCAUCUUUACCGCGCUUGACCCCCUGGCCAUGGCGCCCUUUGUCCCUGGCGACUUUGUCGAGUACUCUGGCUACACCAACGGGGCGGGCGAGAUUGUGUGCUUCGAGAUCACGGCCCUCAACGUGCAGAUCAGCACCGGCGGCGCCUUCAGCUUCAUCCGGGUCGAGGAUGCCAUCAUAGGCGUCUUUUCGGGCGACGGCAACGCCGAGUCGGCCAGGUCGCGGUUCAUCGGCUACACAUCUGAGACGGCGGGCUCGCCCGUGUCGGUCCACGCCAUCGAAGUAGACCCGUGCACGGGUGCCGAGACGCUCCGGCAGGUCGCCGGCGACUUCAUCAGGCAGGGCGACGUGCGCAACAAGUUUGUGCUGGACAAUCCCGCCUCGGCGACCGACACGUACACGCGCGAGUACGUCGUCAAGACGGCGUCGGGGUCCAAGCUGACGACCAACAACAUCAAGGCCGGCUACUACAUCCAGCCCGUGACCGAGUGGAUCCAGCCCGAGCUUGCCGUGCCCGGAGCGGCCCCUGUUGCCUUUGAGUUUGCCAAGAUGAAGCACCUCACGCAGGGCCUGGGCCCGGACGAGGCCGGCAACAUCUGGGGGCCCCUGAGCCCGUUCCCCCAGUCGGGCGUCACAACCUUUGACAUCUCGACCUGUCCCAAGAUUGUGCCCUCACCUUCAUCUACGGCCCCGGCCGACACGGCCACCACCGCUGCCGGUGCCGCGGCCACGCCCACAAAGGACACGGUCAAGGUGCUUGCCGCAAGCUGGACCAGCUCGGGCAGCGGCAGUCUCCAGGUCGCCUGCACCUCUUCCAACACCACCACCACUCUUGGGUUCAUGUUGCUCGACUACACGUUCCCGCCCGGUGGCGGCCAGUCCGCCGUCAACCAGAAAAUGACACCCUCCCCCACAAUCCCAGGCCAGUGGACUAUCACGGUCCCCAGGAUAAAGCAGCCCUCCUCCGUCGUAUGCAAGACCCUGGCCGGCGGCAAUGCCACGGCACCAGUCACCAAGGGGAAGCGGCGGAGCGCCAAGCUUUACUGAGUGCCCCGAUGGGGGGGCCAAGAAAUGAAUGGUCUGGAACGACUCGGUGGUCUAUGCCCAGACAGGAAAGUGCAUACAAAUCCUAAGCAAUGCAGGAGUUUGGAGGGGCAGGGAACGAAUUUGCCUGCAUUCUACUCGUUGCAGUUCCGACAUAGCGGUCUUUGUCAUCAUGAUUGUUUUUUGGUGGUGCUUGGUGCACCCAAAGAAAGAUAUUACACACACGA